AUGAGUUGUUGUCCCGAAGGCGGGAAGGCAGGUAGCUCUGCUGUGUUGUUAUUCACGGAGGACUCAAACCAGUGGGCGCUGGUCACAGAGGGUCGGACGUCACAGUCAUUGGCAGUGGGAACCAAGACAGGCUAUAAGCUGUUCUCUGUGACCUCAGUGGACAAACUUGACUGCAUCUACGAGAGCGAGACCCCAGACGUGUACAUCGUGGAGCGUUUGUUCUCCAGCAGUCUGGUGGUGGUGGUCAGUCUCUCCAUCCCCAGACGGAUGAACGUCUAUCACUUCAAGAAGGGAACGGAGAUCUGCAACUACAGCUACAGUAACAACAUCCUCUCUGUCAGACUCAACAGACAGAGGCUGGUGGUGUGUCUGGAGGAGUCAGUGUACAUCCACAACAUCAAAGACAUGAAGCUGCUGAGGACCCUUCUCAACACGCCCUCCAACCCCUCAGGUCUGUGUGCUCUGUCCAUCAACCAUUCCAACUCGUACCUGGCCUACCCAGGCAGCUCCACCAUCGGAGAGAUCAUAGUUUACGAUGCCAACAACCUGAGCACUGUCACAAUGAUCCCGGCCCAUGACAGUCCCCUGGCUGCUCUCUCCUUUAACUCGUCAGGCACCAAGCUGGCCAGCGCUUCGGAGAGGGGUACUGUGAUCCGUGUGUUCUCCAUCCCAGAGGGACAGCGUCUGUUUGAGUUCCGCAGAGGGAUGAAGAGGUCAGAGUUCACACAAUAGAACAUAAACUGUAUA